UAUAAUUUAAAUAAUAUUAUUAACGAAAUUUCGUACGACAGAGAAAAUUAGUUGCAAUAUACUUGUAUUUAUAGAGGGAUUUACUUAGUUUUCGAAAAUAUAUUUAGAUAUAUAGCAAAAUGAUGAGCGCUAAUAAGAACUCGUAUCUGCAACUGCAGACGUGUGUGAACCCGACGCUAGUCAACAAAGCAGUGCGGCGUGCGAUGCGGAAAACUCAAUUUGAUCCUCAUGAUGAGACCCCCGCUGCCCAAAGAAUGACGUCGAUGCAGCCUUCACUGUACGGACCCUGUACUGACAUCACGAGGGCGGCCCUGGGCUUCGAACGGUUGGGGCUGCGGCACAUCAACAGGGACAUCAAUUCUGAAGACAACUUCGUCAAAUUGCGAGCUAUACAUUCUUUGAUGGAUCAGGUAAAAAUGUCAGAGAACGCUAUGUUCCUUGUAAGCUUGAACGUGACCAACAAGCUCAUAGACCUGCUGCCAGACAAGGAUCCCGUCGUCCGGGAGAAGGUCUGUCUUAUCCUCACGAUGCUCGGCACCUACUACCAAGCCAGGGCCCGCAUCAUGGCCAAGCCGAUCGUCAUAGACCAUCUCAUGUACUUAUUCAUGAGAGACCGCAAAGAAAUCCGCUACGCUGCAGCGAAUUGCCUACAAACCCUCGCCCGAUCAGAGGCAGAAACUAUAAUAAGAAACGAUAAACUAGUCGAGAACCUCAUCAAAAUGAUUAAGCACGAACAUGAGGGUAUCGUUCUGAUACAUCUGGAGACACUGGCGCACUUGGCUGAGUGGAACCCAGAGAAACCGUUGAAAGCUAACGCGUUUAAAGUGAUGCUAAAGCUGAUAUUAUAUGCUGAGGACAGGAUCACGCAGGCGGCAAUGAAGUGUCUGACGCACCUCUGCAAACACCCGGUGGGACAAAAACUAGCGGACAAGUACGACCUGACGCGCUUCCUGAUACCGUACAUAGACUCUGAUAACCUUCACAUCAUCAUUAGCACCGUAGGGUUGAUGGCAUACACCACAAUAACGACGAGGGCUAAAUGGAGGGUGAAAGAGUUCAUAUACUAUCUUAGCAGACGCUUAAUAUACUUGUGCAUAGUACAUGACAUCCCAGUGCUACAAUUACAAGCGAUGCAGGUUCUAAUCAACAUGUGUGAUUGCCCUGAUGUUAGGGAGUUUAUGAAGGUCAAUCUGGAGAAGUAUAUUGAAGUGGGGAUAAAGAUCCGUACUCCGGAGCAAUGGGACGGAGCCACGGAGCCGAGGAAGUACGGCCUGGACGUGUCACAUGACUAUAGAACGAGGUACAUUGACGGUGUGGAGACUGUCAAGAAUGACACAGGAGACUACGUCGACUCUAUCAACGUGCCCAACUAUCUACAACGCGUCAGAGAUACGAAGGAACAUUUGUUGAAAGCUAUGAAUUUACUACCUUACGGGUCUAGAAAAUAAGACGAGAAAUCGAACACUCUGUUGCUUGAAAAUAUACAUCAUAUUCUGUGAUCAAUACUCUUAGUGAACAGGGUUACCGCAAAUGAUUGAUACUCAAUUUUUAAUAAUAAUAAGCAUUUAUUCCAUAAAUUAUGUGAAUUACAAUAUUUGAGCUAGA